UUGGCUAACAGGAAGCAGGAGAAGCAUGGCCCCUGGCUGCAGCCUCUUUUGGUCCUCCCACCUAACUUUCUCGCAUCGCUGCGCUGGUGUUUGCCAGAGAAAUUGCUCAACUUCAGCGUAGCUGCAACUGUGAAAUAUUACAUGAAAUGAGUUGGUAGAGCUAGUUAGAGUUUGACGAACGUACUCAAGAAUCGAAGUAUCUGCAUUACUAAGCUUAAAGGCUAGAUCACCUGUCGAUAAAUAAACAGCUUGAAACAUUACGAUGCUUUCAAUAGGAUAAUUACAACGGCGAUGUAAUCAAGUGGAGUCUUAACAGAGCUGGAGCUCAGGCCCACGGUUGAGUUGCAUUGUUUCUCAGACCCUAGCCAUAUCGACCAUUUUGCCGCAGCUGUUGAUGAUGACUGUAGAACUUGCUGGUUGACUAAGAGAUAUUCAGAGUUAAAGCUAGUUGAGGACCGCAGUUGUAGAGCUGCGAUAAGCACGGCACAACUUAGAAUCAUUUCGAAGCUAGGGAUUUCUUCCAAACCUGUAUGGUCUUGAAUCUGAAAAGUGUGUCAAAGCCUGACCUCGACAACAGAAUGUUGAAAACGUGCAGGCCGUGGUAACUGUUGCAAGAAGAAUCGGAGCGAAAGGCUUCACGCGAGGGGUUCCCGAACCGAGAAAUGGCGCCCUUACCGAUUGUUGGCCUCAUUGUGGCAGCCGGGUUGGCAUGGUUCCUAGGAACCGAUCCAUUGGAGGUCUCAAUGGGACGAGGCAUUGUAGAGUUCGACCCCCAACACGUCCCUCCCCCUCCUAUGCAUCAGUUCAAGAAUUUUCCUCGGGACACUCAGAAUAAGCUACAAAAAGGGGAGGUGAAAUGGCAAGGCCAAUUUCUGGGACCCGAGAGCCUGACAUUCGACUCACAAGGCAGGGGACCGUAUACUGGUGUCAGCGAUGGCCGAAUCGUUCGAUACAACGGUCCUCAGGCGGGUUGGAGCACUUUUGCAUAUACAUCUAGAAACUGGUCAGAAGCAUGCACACCACUAAGUCUAACCACGCCCAAUCACGCCCUUGAGCAUGUUUGUGGACGUCCUCUGGGGCUGAGGUUCCACAAAGGGACAGGCGAGCUCUGGAUUGCAGAUGCGUACCUGGGUAUUAUGAAAGUUGGGGCACAAGGUGGCCAAGCGGAGGUUGUGCUGAGCGAGAUCGACGGCGUGCCGAUGAAAUUUGUGAACGACCUAGAUUUCGACAACGAUGGGAAUUUGUAUUUCACUGACAGCAGCACACAUUGGCAGCGCCGGCAAUUUCUCCUCUGCCUCAUGGAAGCUGACGACACAGGCCGGUUCAUCAAAUACAAUCCAACUACUAAAGAAACGGAGAUUCUCAUCGACAAGCUGCGAUUCUCGAAUGGCGUGGCAGUUAGCAAGGAUGGCAUGUUCGUGCUUGUUGCCGAGGGCCGACUGGGCAGGUUAUUGCGAUAUUGGGUGAAGGGAGGCAAAGCAGGCACAUAUGAGGUGUUCGCCGAUUUGCCAGGAUGGCCGGACAAUGUUCGGCGCAACGAAGCGGGGGAUUUUUGGAUAGCUUUUCAUUGCCCUCGAAGGAAGUUGGAGAUGAUCCUGAGCAGAUACCCUUUACUUCGAACUCUGAUCAUCCGACUGCCCAUCUCUUCGAAAAAUGUAUACUGGAUGCUGGCAGGUAAGCCUCACGGCAUGCUCAUGCGAUAUGGUCCAGACGGCGACUUCAAGGAAAUCUUGGAAGAUCAAGAGGGCAAGGUCGCCAAAAUGUUGAGCGAGGCUGAAGAACACGAUGGGAAACUGUAUCUUGGUUCUGUGCUCUUGCCACAGAUUGUUGUCUACACACUGGAAAACAAAUCGUAAAUGCUGGAGGCAUGUAGUACCCAAAGCUGCACACUCACCAAAACGCUUAUUGAGAAUGGUGCAUCUACAGCAUGAAAAGACAGGUUGGACUCGCAGGGCGACUACACACAGUGAAAUAUCUUUUUCAAUUGCAGAUAUGAGACUGGUUACUGGAAAAAGUUUGGGUACAUCAAAACGGUGUAGUUAAUAUAAAAGUUACACAUUGCGUAGUUGUGCAACACAAUGGUCAGUGAAUACUGCAUCGUCAAGCACAUCAGCACUACAAGGUUAGAGGUGACCAACGGUGUAUAAACAAAUGAAAUUUGUACACUCGGUCAAAUAAGAAGUCGCACUUCAAUGACGGAUGGCAUUCUAGGCGACACCUCGAUCUAGAAGUAGACUGCAGGUGUUGUUCAUACGUGUGAAAAAAAGGGUUUGAUUAUUCGCAAUGCGUGCGACUGGAGUAUGCCGAGCAAAAAGCGAGGACGACGAAAAUACGUGCAACCCCCACUUCCAAGCCUCAGAUCACAUGAUGAAAUCUCACGCGUUAGGCUUGGGACUUGAAGAUGGAUUUAACGCUCCCUUGAAAACAUCAUCCAAAGCCUGGACAAACACAAAUGACAGAUGAAUAAGUUAAUACGAGUUGCGAAAUAUACGACGAGUGUUGAGAUGUAUUCACUUUGAAUAUUAGUUGUGUAGGGAGCUGAAAUGAAUCAAAGAAUUCAAACUGUGCCUCAAUGAUGCACUGUCAAUUA